UGAAGCUUCGAGCUCUGAAGCUUCGAGCUCUGAAGCUUCGGGCUCUGAGGCGUCGGCUCGUUUCUCUCCCGUCGCGUCGCCCUCGUGUGAGUGGAACUACUUUCCGUGCGUCUGUCCUUGUGCUGUGUGCGCGGCGUGGAGGGAUCCGCGCUCCGUGUCGCGGGCGCCCAGGUGCGUCGUGGGUAAUGGAGUUUGUACAUAGGUCACACUCUCAUAACGAGGGAUUUAACGAAGGAAGGAAAGGAGGGAAGAAAGGAGGAAAGGAGGGAGGGACUGAGGAGGGGGUUGUGUUUAAAGCCCUCGGCAGAUCUCAUGUGUUUAAUAAAAACAAAAUGUAAUCACUUUACUCAGACUCUGAUUUAUUCACUUUAAACAAAACUAAACCAGGUCUAAACCAGGACUGAACCAGGACUGAACCAGGACUAAACCAGGACUGAACCAGGACUAAACCAGGACUGAACCAGGACUGAACCAGGACUAAACCAGGACUGAACCGGGACUAAACCAGGACUGAACUGGGACUAAACCAGGUCUAAACCAGGACUGAACCGGGACUGAAUUGAAAUGAGAUUUUGUUAGAAAUGUUUUUAUUUGCAUAUUUUCUUGUUCAGUCAGUUUUUUAUUUUUCCUCCUGGAUCAUAAAUGUCACUUUCUGUUUGUUGUAAAUUUGUGAUAAAACCACAAAGUCUGAUCCUGAUCCAACAAACGAGACCUGGACCUGGACCUGGACCUGGAGAGGACACGACUCCACUCUGGUCUUCUGUCUGGGCACAGUGGGUCUGGUUCUGGACUCGGGUCAGUCCACGUGAGUCCGCUCCGGUCCGUGCCGCGCUUUGCCGCGUCCUCGUUGGCGUCAGCGGCGCGUCAGAGGCGGCAGCGGCAGCGUCAGGAGCGGAAUGAUCUCACAGCAGCUCCGCGCGCACCGCGGCUCCUCCAGCGGCUCCACUCCCGGAUCCCGCCCCGGCUCCGGGCUCCUCCUCAGCGGCUCCAGCGACAGCGACAGCGCGCGGCCCGCGGCCUCCGACAGCCUCAUGACCUCCGCGGAGCUCACGCACAGCGGCGCGGCGCCGCUCGCCUCCCGCGGCCGCGCGCUCUACAAGGCGCUGUGCUUCGCGGUGCUCGCGCUGCAGGGCGCGGUGCUGGACUUUUACCUCAUCGCGUUCACGGACCUGUCCUGGUGCUCGUGGAUCGCCACGGACCUCGUGGUUCUGUCCGGAUGGGCCAUUUUCUUCAUCAAGAACGCGCGGAAUAAGCGCGAGCGCGCGUGCGGCUUCCAUCAGAAGAGCUCCGCGCGCGGCGCGGGUCUGGGGGAGUUCACGUACGCGUACCUGGCGUGGCUCAUCUACGUGAUCGCGUGCACGCCGAAGAUGGUGCUGGUGGUGGAGACGUCCAUCCUGGAGCUGCUCACGCUGAAGGUUCCGUGCGGCGUCACGGGCUUUAAGGGCGCGGUGCUUCUGUCCGCGCCGCUGCUCUUCUGCCUCAUCGGCGCGGUCACGGAGGACGGCACCGGAGCCACGCGGCACCGCGCGCACGCCAGCUUCCUGAACACGUGCCUGGACCUGCUGGACAGUUUCACGCUCGUGGAGCUUCUGCUGCGGAACGAGCUUCCGGUGCCGCCGCUGCGGUACGCGGUGCUCUGCGCGUUCUUCCUCGCGCUUUUCGCGCCGGUCAUUUGGCUGCACGAGCUCACCGCGUCCGAACUCACGUGCCGGUCCCUGUGCGCGCGCUUCUUCACGGGACUUCUCGUGAACGCGCCGCUGCUGGUGGUGCGCUGCUUCCAGGUGUACGCGCACGGCGCGCCCGUGUCCGUGUUUUUAUUCAAGAACGUGUUUAUGCUCACGUGCCGCGCGCUCGAGCUCACGGAGCAGUGUCUCACCGCGCGCGGCGCGCGUAAACUCGCCGCGUCAAACCCCGCGCACUUUUCCCACGGAGUCUCCGAGAACGACAUGUGUCCGCACGGCUACGUCAACACGCUCGCCGUCAACCAGCUAUGAUGCGCGCGCACCU